AUGGUUAAUGUUCUUAAUGCGCAAAACACCACAAAUGAUUUACUAUCUCUCAAAACUAGACGCAUAUUGAGAGGGAGUGAAGUCGGAGAUACUAGACCUUAUAUGGUGUACUUACGUCCUGCGACUACAGAAACUAAACUAGACCCAAACUGGCUGUGUGGCGGUGUGAUCAUCGACGCUCAAUACAUUCUGACGUCAGCAGCCUGUAUAGAGGAUGUUAAACAUUUCUAUGUUGUGUCUGGUACUCAUAGAUGGUUUCCCGUUGGAUCAAAUGAUGAAUGCAUUAUACAUGGUGCUAAGAAAGCGGUAUGGAAAUGUGUUCCGCAGAAUUACGUAUUCGAUGGAGCUGACUUCGACAACAUACGUUGGAUGAUCAACGACAUAGCGGUGGUACGAGUAGAGGAUAACUUUAACUUCGAGAGACGGAUUAGAGGCUGCGACUUCGUGCCAAAAAAGAUAGCGUAUAAUAAUCAAAGUGAGGAAUUGGAGAAGCCGGGCAUUACUGCGUCCGUCGCUGGGUGGGGCACUACGGAUAGUUUUGGGGAUGUAUAUGGCCUAACAACAGAAAAUUCACCAGACCUCCUUGAAACGGAGGUAAAGCUGAUAUCGAAGAAAAGCUGCAAGGCUCGUUGGCCGGAGCGGUACCAUCACAUCAUUGACGGGAACAUGGUGUGCGCGAAGGAUGGUUCUGAUGAAAAUAUGAACGAUCUUUGUAAGGAACAAGGGAUAAGUUGUAAAGAGCUGGUGUUAUCAGAUGAGGAGGAUGGGCGGAGGCACAUCGUCCCACAUGAUACCGACAUACAUUCUAACAACCAUGGCAAUGCUACGAGACGGUCUAAAGUUGUUUCGGGAGGUUUUUGUGAGAACGACCACGGCGGGCCGCUCGUAGUGGGCUACGGCACUGGCUCCGUAGUGGUGGGCGUGAUAUCCGCGUGUCAGACGGCUAACGUCACGCGACAGUGCUACGGGCCCUACUUGUAUACGAGCGUGUGGAAGAAUCGCCACUUGAUUGGAUGCGCUGUUAAUAAGGAUAUGGCUGCAUCAUGUAAAAGAUUGUUGAGGACAUCACAAACGCGCAUGAGUGAGACAAUUUUUAGCUGGGCGAGUCAUCCUGAAGGUGCUGCUAAGAGUGAAUCUAAAUCAAACUUGCUUCGUAUUGGAAAUACAAAGAAAACAAAACAGAUCGCAACUUCAGCUACUAAGGGGAAAAUUAUUUUAAAACAA